CCAUUCUGUGAAGUUGCUUCGGCGAUUCUAGAGUUGUAGAUCUCAAUUCGUCCGAACCUUCGGUGUCGUUUUACGUAAAUAACGUCAGUGUUGUUGUGACCAUCAUGGCACCCACGCCUUACAUGUUGCCUUCCGCCGCGGAGUACACCGAGGAACCCAUAUCCAGGACCUACCAGUACCGCAAAGUGAUGAAACCGAUGCUGGAGAGGAAGAGGAGGGCCAGGAUCAACAGGUGCCUGGACGAGCUCAAAGAACUCAUGGUGACGGCGCUCCAGAGCGAGGGCGAGAACGUGUCCAAGCUGGAGAAGGCCGACAUCCUGGAACUGACCGUACGCCACCUCCACACCCUGAAACGCCAACACCAGCUCAUCCUCAGCCCCGAUCAGAAUUACGCGGAUAAGUUCAGGGCCGGAUUCUCGCAGUGCGCGCAAGAAGUAUCGCAAUUUCUGACGGCGCCGCCGUCCGAGUCCGAAGAUCGCACCUCCGGCAAGAGAUUAUUGCAGCAUCUCGGCGCCUGUGUACGUCAAAUGGACUGCGUGCCACCCCAGAUGCAGUACUCCACGCCACCAGUGUCGCCGGAAGUGAAAAAAUCCAUGUGGAGGCCUUGGUGAACGCCGACCGUCGGAAUUUUUUUUCAAUUUUUUUUUAUACUGAUGUCUUCCAAACUUGUUGAUGUUAUUUCUUCAGUUCACAGUAUAUACCCCCAAUCCCCCAGUUUCGCGGAUGUAAAUUCGGAAAUUAGUAGCUUUAAAUAUACUGUGAUAUAGGUUUACCAUUUCAAAUUUUAUCGAUUUCAUUAUUGGACUUUUGUAUGUUGGUACCUGAUAAUGAUUGGUUUCUUUAGGAUUUAGGAUAGUUUUGCUCAAAUAUUUGUAUAAUGUAUUCAUAGUUUUAUCCAGUUGCAAAUAAAGUUAUUUUAUUAUUA